UGAACUCGAAGUUCGAAGUUCACCUACUAAUUCACUGUGGCAUUUGAUAUGUAUUAUUGCAUUGCCUGUCUUACGUGUUUACAGUACAUGUCAUAAUCAGAACAAUUGUGGCAACUUUAACAAUGCCUCAAGUUUUCUGCUGGGACGGUGUUAGCAUCAGCACGAUGUCUUCAUUAUGCAGCAAUGGUUGACAACAACCCUGAUAACUACCCAAACAUGUCUCACCCAACCAUGAGUGCAGCUGCUCAAAAUCUUGACAUAAUUAAACAGAAGUUCUUAUGGAUUUCUGACCAUGUUCCAUGCUUUGGAAUCCGAGGAGACAACAUUACAGUGAUUAAAGAGCCCGUGGAAUUUUAUAAGACUGUAAUGGACAUGUUCGCCCAAGCGCAACACCGCAUCGUGAUUGCCUCUCUGUACCUUGGAACUGGCGUCCUAGAGAAGCAACUGGUUCAGAGUAUAGAAACGGCAUGUGAACAAGCAGUGGUCAGUGGCAAUACAGACUUCCAGGUGCACAUCCUGUUAGACUUUAACAGGGGCACUAGGGGAGGCCACUCUAGUUCAAGGUCUAUGUUACUUCCCUUGGUCCAAAAGUACAAGGAUUUGGUUCAUGUACACUUGUACCACACGCCGGAUCUGCGUGGACUUGUGAGGCGGUACCUGCCAGAAAGAAUAAACGAGACUGUCGGACUGAACCACAUGAAAAUAUACCUGGCUGAUGAUGACUUUGUUAUAAGUGGGGCAAAUCUCAGUGAUUCCUACUUUACUGAUCGUCAGGACCGCUACAUAGCAUUCCGUCAGUGCAGACACAUGGCAGACUACUGGAGGGACAUUGUGACCUCCACUGCGAGAUUCUCCUUCCAGCUCCAGGGAGACAACUCUGUCACAUACCCAACAAGCUCCCCGCACCCUUAUGAAGGUCCAGAUGGGGGUAAAGAAUUUAAACACUUCGCCCAUCAGUGUAUAACAUCUGUGAACAAAACCUGGAAUACCAGAACUGACUCUUCAAGUUUCUGUGAUCAAUCCUCCAUUGAACGAACUGGAUAUGACACAUGGUUGUUUCCCUUGAUACAAAUGGGACCUUUCCAAAUUGGUGAUGAUGAAUUUGUUACUGAACAAUUGUUUAGAAAGGCUCAAUCAAGUGACAAGUUAGUUUUAGCAUCAGGAUAUUUCAAUUUGACAAGAAACUACCUGGACGUAAUACUCAAGGAAUCGUCAGGAAAUUUUGACAUCUUAACAGCAUCACCUGAGGCAAAUGGGUUCCACGGAGCUACAGGCAUAUCCCAAUACAUUCCUGCAGUGUACACACUGAUAGCUAGUCAAUUCCAUGGAGAAGUUCGCCAUGCGAAACAGGAGGAGCGCAUAGCCCUUUACGAGUAUUCCCGGCCCUACUGGACAUUUCACGGCAAGGGGCUGUGGUACUAUGUGGACCCUUCUAGAUUUCCCGUGCUUACUCUGAUUGGAUCGCCAAAUUUUGGGUACCGUUCAGUGUACAGGGACUUGGAGUGUCAAGUUGCUGUGGUUACAGCUAACCCAGCCCUGCAGCUUCAACUUAAACAGGAGAAUGAUCGACUGUCGGAGCAAUGUGAGGCAGUUACUGAGGCAACGUUUCAACAUGCAGACAGGGCUGUACCACUGAUACCACGACUGUUCACUAGCAUUAUCAAACACUACUUCUGAUACAUGUGUUGUUAAAUAAGACUCAUCCAACACUUUUUAGCUCAACUAUUAUAUAUGAAAUAUAUAUAGUGGAGCUAUCCUACUCACCCCGACGUCGGCGUGUGCGUUGGCGUUUGCGUGCAAAUGUUAAAGUUUGCGUACUACCCCAAAUAUUUUCAAUGUCCCUUGACAUAUUGCUUUCAUAUUUUGCAUACUUGUUAACCAACAUUACCCCAACCUAUAAACAAGAGCAGACCACUGUAUCAAGCAUUUUGACAGAAUUAUUGCCCCUUUUAUACUUAGAAUAUGCAUAUUAUUGAUAAAUCAAUGUUAAAGUUUGCGUACUACCCCAAAUAUUUCCUAUGUCCCUUGACAUAUUGCUUUCAUAUUUUGCAUACUUGUUUACCAACAUGACCCCAACCUAUAAACAAGAGCAGACUACUGUAUCAAGCAUUUUGACAGAAUUAUUGCCCCUUUUAUACUUAGAAUAUGCAUAUUAUUGAUAAAUCUAUGUUAAAGUUUGCAUACUACCCCAAAUAUUUUCAAUGUCCCUUGACAUAUUGCUUUCAUAUUUUGCAUACUUGUUAACCAACAUUACCCCAACCUAUAAACAAGAGCAGACCACUGUAUCAAGCAUUUUGACAGAAUUAUUGCCCCUUUUAUACUUAGA